GUUCUUUUUGUGAAGCAAUCGGAGACAUGAACGGAAGCACGAACCCGCUGCUGGACAAAGAGGAGCAUGUUUUGAAGCUCGGAGAAAGCUUCGAGAAGAGGCCAAAAUCUUCAUUUCACACCAUCAGAUAUGACUUUAAACCAGCAUCGAUUGACACAAGCUGCGAGGGAGAGCUACAAGUUGGGAAAGGAGAUGAAGUUACCAUCACGUUACCUCACAUUCCGGGAUCCACGCCUCCGAUGACCGUGUUCAAAGGAAACAAGCGCCCGUACCAGAAGGACUGCGUGCUCAUCAUAAACCACGACACCGGGGAAUUUGUCCUGGAGAAGCUGAGCAGCAGCAUCCAGGUCAAGAAAACCAGGGCAGAGGGCAGCAGUAAGAUUCAAGCCCGGAUCGAACAGCAAUCGGUGCGAUCCAGUCAGCCAAGCUCUCAGUUUAGGGCCCCCACCAAGCCCGGAACCGGGGUCAAGACUUCGCCAUCCCCUUCCAAGGAUAAUCCGUCACCAGAGCCGCAGCUCGAUGACAUCAAAAGAGAGCUGCGAGCAGAGGUGGACAUGAUUGAGGAGAUGAGCAGCAGCGGCAGCAGCAGCUCCUCAGACUCGGCGAGCGCCUCGGGGAGCGGUGACGACAGCAGCGACGGCGAACACGACGCCCCGCGACCGCUCAGUCAGACCUCGCCCAGCUGCCAGCCUGUGGCCAACGGAGGAGCCGACUGGCAGCAGGGCAACAACCAGCUCAUGAAUACGCUCAGAAAUGAUCUCCAGCUCAGUGAAUCAGGCAGUGACAGUGAUGAUGACUGACCUCUGCUGGUCAGUCUCAUGCUCCCUCCUCUUCCUCCUCCUCCUCUCUGCCUGGUUCGUUUGCUGUGGUAGCUGACUCCAGCUGUAUAUCUGGUUUUUACUUUAUUCUUCGUAUCUCCUCAAAGCUGAUCAGCCUGGAUCUUAAAAGAGUGUAUUUUUUAUUAGAUGUAUAUUUUGUUUUGUAUAGCAAAGUUUUAGAGAAAGAGACUUUUACGUGAGAGGUUUGGCAGAUUAUAUUUGAGAGUGAACACACAUAUUUUCUGUACCUAGAGCAGCUAGUUUUACCUACUCGUGUCUUUGUUUGGUCUGUUUGCGGUAAAAUGAGGCGGAGACUGACGUGGAGUAUCAUCCCUCCGUCUCUUCCUGUGUCACAUCGUUUGAGGUUUGUGGGGAUUAUCUAGACAUUCAGUUUCAAUCGGAUAACAAUAGAAAAACAGCAUAUUUUGCACAGUGCAGCCUGUGCAUGAUUAGCAUCAAAACAAAGACAAAACCCGUCAAUUCUUAUCAUCUGCCAAUCUGAGUGUUGAGCUCAGAUUAUGCAGCAGUGUUGACAGUGAGGCAAAAGUCUCAUUAAAGUCACAUUUUAACCACAGAUGGUUUGUGUGAGGUUGUAUAAAUGAGAUAAUAAUAGUAAUAUAAUUCAUGCCACCCAUGUGCUUACGACAAAUAUGAGACAUGCAGGAAAAACAGAUUUUAGCCACUUAAAGGUCCAGUGUGCAGAAUUUAGGGCAAACUACUUUUUAAGUGUACGAUCACCUGAUUGUAUGAAUUGUUGUUUCUCAUUUUACCCAGAAUGAGCCUUUUAUAUUCACGUCCGGAGCCGAGUCAACUCUACGGAGACCACUAAGUUUUUUUCACAGUGGCCCACAAUGGACAAACUAAACAUCUUUUGAGCUUUGACGCUAACUGAAGGCUACAUGGGUUCUCCAACACACUUGGAAGAGAAGGGUGAGGUGAGGGAUAUUCAGCUACACACUGUACCUUUAAGAAAAGGUAAAAUCCACACCUUUAUGUUAUAUUCCGCAUAUAUUCACCGCUUUAUCGCACUCUUACUCAACCUUCCCUGACUGGAGACUGAAACUUGUUGUUGCUCUGUAAACCGCUCACUCCCCUGGACCAAAGUCCAUACAGAAAAUGUGCGUUUUCUUCACAUUGCGACACACACCGGAGUUGUCGAUCCACUGCUGCUUCCAUCAGUAAUCAUAAAGGUCAUUUUUUUGUGUUUUAAAUACUUUGUUUGUAUUUCAUUGAGGAAAGCAAACAAGAUAGCAGUAGACGAGCAGUACCUCACGCAAUCAUACUUAAAAAAAAAAAAACAUGAACUAACUCUUUACAUUGUUGUUUUGCUCAUUCAGAGCAGUAAGCUAAUUUAAUUGUCAAUAACAAAAUAACAGUAUAACCAGUUACAGUAUGAAAACAAUACCUCAGGGUUAACUACAGUUAAUCACAGUUAUUAUUAUUAGUUAUGAUAUUUGAAACCCGAUCAGGAUUAAAUCCAGAAAAGGGCAAACACAUUUCCCUUUCAAAAAGAUGUGAUUGUCAUUUAUAUUUAUACAGCACCCUCUCAUGCCUUAUACAGCUGCUCAGACUGGAAACAAAGGUGAAUGUAUCAUUUCUUUUUUUAAAUGCCAAAGAGUUGAUGCCGUGGGUUCAUUCUGCUUCUGUCGGAGUCUGUGAUGUGUUUAUUAACAGCUGAGGUCAGUGAUUAUUGGCGAAUAUCACUCGUUACUGGAUUUUGUCGUUUAAUAUUUGGGAAAUAAUAUCUAUAUAUAUUUUAUUUCGAUAUGCACCCUCACAUUGGGAGAAUUAUGUGACAUCAUGGCAUUUGUUGGUGCUUUAUAUCACGGCUGUACAGAGCAGGGAUAAGUGUAAGUUAGUGUUUGAGACGACGACAGUUACAGUUUGUCCUGUUUGUCGGAUUAUUUGCCGUUCAUGUGUUUGUUUGUUUGGUUUGUGUGAGAAGCUUCUGUUAAGAAAAACAA